UUUUCUCAGUCAUUCGCGAGACACCGGCAUUUAUAGUCGACUGAUGAAGGUCACUAUUUAACGCCGGCUUUUGCGUUCUAUUUUAAAAAAAUUGCUUUGAAAUCUAUCAGUUUUAAAGACAAAAUCUGUGAAAGUGUGACGAGAGUACAGUGCAUUUGUUGAGCACAAAUUUUUAAAUCAAUUAAACUUAUUUCCGAGGUAUGGAGUGGGAAGGGCCGGCCAAGCAAGGCUUGUACGACCCUCAGAACGAGCACGAGGCCUGUGGCGUUGGUUUUGUAGUCGCUAUCGACGGAAAACGUACCCAUAAAAUCGUCCGCGAUGCCGAAACCCUCGCGAAACGUAUGGAACAUCGCGGUGCGUGCGCGUGCGAUAACGACACCGGAGAUGGUGCUGGGGUGUUGACUGCUAUUCCCCAUCAGUUCUACUGCGCUCAGCUGAGAGACUCGCACCAAAUAGAUCUUCCUCCCUUCGGGAAGUACGCAACUGGCAUAUUCUUUCUGGACAAGCUCCAUCACCAGAACAUUGAAGCCAAGUUCUUGAUUCUGGCUGAGAGUCUUGGACUUAAGGUCCUCUGUUGGAGAACUGUUCCAACCAACAAUUCUACCAUUGGUCAAGUGGCUCGUAACUCGGAGCCAUAUAUGCGUCAAGUGUUUGUAACUGGCGAUAUUGACGACGAGCAGCAUCUCGCCCGUCAGGUGUUCGUGUUACGUAAACGUGCGUCGCACGAGCUUAUCCUGCCCGGAGCUCGGUUCUAUAUUUGCAGUCUGUCCUUGAAAACCGUCGUCUAUAAAGGAUUGCUUACGUCCAACCAAUUAUGGGAAUACUUCAAAGAUCUGUCGAACCCCGCGUUCACAACGUACCUAGCGCUGGUGCAUACAAGAUUCUCCACGAACACCUUCCCAAGCUGGGAGAGAGCACAUCCUUUAAGGGUUCUAGCUCACAAUGGAGAGAUAAAUACGUUGCGAGGUAACGUGAAUUUGAUGAAGGCCCGCGAGGGUGUGAUGAAGAGCAACAAGUAUGGAGAAGACCUGAAGAAACUCUACCCAGUAGUGGAACCAAAUCUAUCGGACUCUGGUUCGGCUGACUGCGUUUUGGAGUUCUUACUUCAUGCCGGAAACAGAUCUCUCCCCGAAGCCGUCAUGACCAUGGUCCCGGAGGCAUGGCACAAUGACCAGACCAUGGACAAAGAGAAGAGAGACUACUAUAUGUGGGCCUCUUGUGCCAUGGAACCGUGGGACGGGCCAGCUUUGAUUUCCUUCACUGAUGGACGGUACAUAGGUGCCAUACUUGAUAGGAACGGUCUCCGGCCAUCUCGAUUCUACGUCACAAAUGAGAAUAUCCUCGUCAUGGCGUCUGAAGUCGGCGUCUAUGAUGUUGAUCCGGAGAAAGUUAUUCUGAAGAGUCGCCUAAAACCAGGUCGCAUGUUGCUUGUGGAUACUGAGGAGAAACGAAUCAUUCAAGACGUCGAGCUCAAGAGAAAGAUUGCCCAAAGCAGACCGCAUUCGCAAUGGAUUCAAGAACAGAUGUCAAUGGAAGAUAUCCACAAAUCGAUACCACCGCAGAACGGUUCUCUUAACGGAGGUACCACUGAACCCAUAUCUGGUCUUUCGGAUAUGAGACUCGGUCUUUUCGGAUACACCAUUGAAUCGAUUAAUAUGCUGCUUCUGCCAAUGAUACAGAACAAGAAGGAAGCGCUAGGAAGUAUGGGCAAUGACGCUCCAUUGGCUUGCCUUUCUCAAUUCCAACCUCUGCCAUACGAAUACUUCAAACAAUUAUUCGCACAAGUCACGAACCCGCCCAUCGACCCUUUCAGAGAGAAAAUCGUCAUGUCCCUAAUGUGCCCAAUUGGUCCCACUGCGAACAUUCUGGAACCGAGUGCCGAGUUCGUUCAUCGACUGUUCCUGCCUCAACCCAUACUCUCUAUACCCGACUGCGAGGCUUUAAAGAAGAGUAACUACCGGGGAUGGAAGACUAAAGUAAUAGACUGCACAUUCGAAUACACUGAUGGGCCUUUGGGCCUAGAGGCAGCAUUGACCAGUAUCUCUAAAGAGGCCCACACUGCUGCAACUGCUGGAUACCAACUUCUGGUGCUUUCUGAGCGAUUGGCCGGACCCCGACGAGUUCCAGUUAGCUCUUUGCUUGCUCUUGGUGCGGUCCAUCAUCACCUGAUCGAGACACGUCAGCGCAUGAAGGUUGGGAUCAUCGUGGAAACUGCUGAAGCGAGAGAAGUGCACCAUAUGUCUGUUUUGCUUGGUUACGGUGCAGACGCUAUAUGUCCGUACUUAGCGUUCGAGCUGGCGUUUUCACUUCGAAACGACAAUAUUCUAGACCCGACCUUAACCGACGCAGACAUAUACACGGCGUACCAGAAAUCUAUUGAGACUGGCUUGGCCAAAGUCAUGGCCAAGAUGGGAAUCAGCACUUUACAGUCGUACAAAGGAGCCCAGAUCUUCGAGGCCGUCGGGCUCAGUGAGGAAGUCGUGGACAAGUGCUUUAGAGGCACGCAGUCUAGGAUUGGUGGUGUAACGUUCGAAAUAUUAUCGAAAGAGAUAUUCGAUCGACAUGCUCUCACCUACGGAGAUUGUAAAGAUAUGCUGGUCUUACGGAACCCGGGAUACUACCACUGGCGCGCGGGUGGCGAAAAGCACAUCAACGAUCCGAUGUCCAUUGCCAACUUGCAGGAAGCCGCUUCUAACAGGAGCCAGUCCGGAUAUGACCGAUUUAAGGAAAGUGCGUUGGAGUCCGUCCGCGCCUGUACUCUUCGGGGUCAACUGGAGUUGGUGAAAUUAGACGAAUCCAUCCCGUUAUCCGAAGUAGAACCCGCUUCGGAAAUCGUGAAGAGAUUUGCUACUGGUGCCAUGUCCUUCGGAUCGAUAUCUUUGGAGGCUCACACGACUCUUGCAGUCGCAAUGAAUCGCAUCGGAGGGAAAUCCAAUACUGGGGAAGGUGGAGAAAACGCUGAUCGGUACUUGAAUCAGGACGCAGAAUUCAACAAGCGAUCCGCGAUCAAGCAAGUAGCAUCGGGUCGUUUUGGAGUCACAGCAUCAUAUUUGGCUCAUGCUGACGAUCUACAAAUCAAAAUGGCGCAGGGGGCGAAGCCGGGUGAAGGGGGAGAGUUACCUGGUUACAAAGUAACGGAAGACAUAGCGCGUACGCGUUGCUCCGUGGCUGGCGUAGGGCUGAUAUCACCUCCUCCACACCACGACAUCUAUUCCAUUGAGGACUUGGCUGAGCUGAUCUACGAUCUGAAAUGUGCCAACCCUAGAGCCAGGAUAUCUGUCAAACUCGUUUCCGAGGUAGGCGUGGGCGUGGUCGCUUCUGGAGUCGCCAAGGGUAAAGCCGAGCAUAUAGUAAUCUCCGGCCACGACGGUGGAACGGGAGCAAGUUCCUGGACUGGAAUUAAAAGUGCAGGUUUACCUUGGGAGCUUGGAAUCGCGGAGACCCAUCAGGUUCUGGUCCUCAAUGAUCUUCGGUCCAGAGUUGUCGUACAAGCUGAUGGUCAGAUCCGUACUGGAUUUGACGUGAUGGUGGCAGCUCUCCUCGGUGCUGAUGAGUUUGGCUUCAGUACAGCACCUCUUAUUGCGCUUGGAUGUACGAUGAUGCGUAAAUGCCACUUGAACACGUGUCCCGUCGGAAUCGCCACUCAGGAUCCGGUGCUGAGGAAGAAGUUCGCUGGCAAACCGGAGCAUGUCAUCAACUAUCUAUUUAUGUUGGCUGGAGAGGUACGUGAACACAUGGCGGCCGUCGGAGUACGUCGCUUCCAGGAGCUGAUCGGUCGAACGGACUUGCUCAAAGUGCGUGAGAAUAACGACAACCACAAAGCCCGAGCUCUGAAUCUGAGUCUGAUACUGAAGAAUGCCUUACACAUGCGACCAGGGGUCAACAUCAUCGGAGGUUCUAAGUCUCAGGACUUCCAGUUGGAAAAGCGUCUGGAUAACCAGGUGAUCCAACAAUGCGCUGGUAUUUUGGAAGGUACUGAGAAGAAUGUCGAUGUCAGUUUAAGAAUCACCAACGAAGAUCGGGCAUUUACGUCCACUCUUUCGUACCAUAUUGCGAUGAAAUACGGUGAGAACAGUCUACCUGAGGGUUCUUCAAUAAACAUAUCGCUGACCGGUUCGGCUGGUCAGAGUUUCUGCGCUUUCCUUUGCAAAGGGGUGACGGUCACUUUGGAAGGAGAUUCUAACGACUAUGUCGGCAAAGGAUUAUGCGGGGGCAAAGUUAUAAUCUACCCACCAAAGUGCUCCCCAUUCGAGUCUCACGUGAACGUGAUCGUUGGAAAUGUGUGUUUGUACGGCGCCACCUCGGGACGGGCUUAUUUCAGGGGUAUCGCAUCGGAACGUUUCUGCGUACGUAAUUCAGGGUGCGUGGCGGUCGUGGAGGGCGUGGGAGACCACGGCUGCGAAUACAUGACGGGAGGAACUGUGCUGGUGCUGGGACUCACUGGUCGGAACUUCGCUGCUGGAAUGAGCGGUGGUAUCGCGUAUGUCUACGACAUCGACGGCUCCUUCAAGGGCAAAUGCAAUCCAGAAAUGGUGGAACUGUUGCCCUUGGAGAAACAGGAUGACCUAGAUGUAGUAAGGACAUUGCUGGAAGAAUUUGUGGAGUAUACCGGAUCGAUAAUAGCCAAAGAAUUCCUAGAAACUUGGCCGGAACCAGCGCACAAGUUUGUGAAAGUUUUCCCCUACGAAUACCAGAGGGCGCUCAAACAAAUCGCUCUGAAGCAGCCUUCGCCGCCCAAGGUCGAGGCGAAUGGGAAGAUGGAGGAAAACGGCCUCGUGGACAUUGAAGAGGCUGUAAGAGAUAUUGAAAAAGACAAGAAGAAUUUGGAGAAGAUAAUCGAUAAAACUAGAGGAUUCAUAAAAUACCCUCGCGAGACUUCGAUGUACCGUCCUGCAGAAAAGCGUUUACGCGAUUGGGAUGAGAUAUACAACUUUUCUCACGUGCGUCGCGGUCUUCGGGUACAAGCUGCCCGUUGUAUGGAGUGCGGGGUACCCUUCUGUCAGAGUCAGCAUGGAUGCCCCCUGGGGAACAUUAUACCCAAGUGGAAUGAUUUGAUAUAUAGAGCGGAUUGGAAGCAGGCAUUGGCGCAUUUGCUACAGACUAAUAAUUUCCCAGAGUUCACGGGUCGCGUGUGCCCGGCUCCAUGCGAGGGCGCUUGUGUCCUGGGUAUAUCAGAACCACCUGUUACCAUCAAGAACAUCGAGUGCGCCAUCAUCGACCACGCUUUUGACAACGGGUGGAUACAACCCGAGAUUCCAACGAAUCGUAAUGGCAAGACUGUGGCAGUUGUGGGUUCCGGACCAGCCGGGUUGGCGUGUGCGCAUCAACUUAAUAAGGCGGGGUACACUGUAAGCGUAUUUGAGCGUAACGAUCGCCCAGGUGGGUUACUCCAAUAUGGUAUUCCAAGUAUGAAACUCGGCAAAGAUGUGGUCGCGAGAAGAAUCAAAUUGAUGGCUGCUGAAGGGAUCUCUUUCAAGUGCAAUGUUGAUGUUGGGAAGGACAUAUCCGCUGCUGAUCUCGCGAACGAGUACAACGCGGUAGUCCUAUGCAUGGGUGCCACUUGGCCCCGGGACCUGCCGCUAAAGGGCCGGCAACUCAACGGUAUACAUUUUGCUAUGGAGUUCCUUGAGGGUUGGCAGAAGAAACAGGCUGGACCCACGCAGCAUCACGCCAAAAGCACUCAAUACAUCUCCGCUAAGGACAAGAAUGUGCUGGUUAUUGGUGGUGGUGAUACUGGCUGCGACUGUAUCGCCACGUCCCUCCGUCAAGGCGCCAAAUCAAUCACGACAUUUGAGAUUCUCCCAGAACCUAAGCCGACUCGAGGACAAGAUAAUCCCUGGCCGCAAUGGCCUAGAGUUUUCAGGGUUGACUAUGGACACGAAGAGGUCAAAGUUAAGUUCGGAAACGACCCCAGGAAAUUCUCCACAUUGACGAAGGAGUUCCUUGAUGAUGGAGAAGGCAAUGUUUGCGGAGUAUCUGCCGUUGAGGUGGAAUGGACCCGUGGGGCAGGAGGCAGAUGGGACAUGAAAGAGGUCCCUGGCACCAACAAGGUGUACAAGGCAGAGCUGGUACUCCUCGCUAUGGGCUUCCUUGGGCCGGAGAGAUAUGUUGCGAACCAACUUGAAAUACCAGUGGAUGCCCGUAGCAACGUAGAAACAGCGAAGGACAAUAUUUACAAAACGCCCGCCAGUAAUAUAUUCGCGGCUGGUGAUUGUCGCCGAGGGCAGUCGCUCGUUGUGUGGGCAAUUUCCGAGGGCAGACAGGCAGCUCGGGCAGUUGACGUGUUCCUUCAGGGGCAAUCUUACCUACCUGGACCUGGUGGAGUUGUUCACGAUCACUAAUAAACCACUAAACCACUCCGUCAAAUAUUAUGUGUACUUUGUAGAAGGCGCCAAAUAAAGCUUUUCUUGUAAAAUACAAAAAUUUCGAACAUCAAAAUUUAAAACAUUUUUAAUUUUAUCUUUUUUUUGUGGUCAAUAAAAAUGUAAAAUGGUAAUCUCUUGACUUAAGAUUUUACCUUGCGACUUUUGAGUGAUUUUAAGUAGAGGUUUUAUGUGAUAAUCAAAUUUGAGAGCUGUUCGCUUUUUUUUAUAUUAGGACAUAUUUUUAAUAAAAAAAAAAUGAAAAAUUUAUUAAAUUAUAUUAAUUAUGUAUGAUUGCGAUUGUAUUAAUUAUACAUUUAUAUACGAAAGAUAGCUACGCAGGGAGCUUAAAAAAAGCUUUUUUCUAUAAUUUAUACGUUCCUUUUUGUUUCUUACUCAAUUAAUUACGUUUCAAAAAGAGCUCCUAAAUUUGAUUACUUAUUGGCAAAACUAAUUCGAAUAGUUUUUCCAAAUUGUAAUCUCAAAUUAGUUGAUACAUUCCGCUUUUAGAUUACGAAAUUUUUAAUUGUGAUCUCACCAGUGUAUAUCAAACAAUCUAUUCGAAAACUUCCUUCGCCAUUAAAUUGUUAGCAAAACAGUAUUUGUAUUAGCAUUAAUAAACCUUAUUUACUCAAAAUACAUACAAAAGCUAUUUAAAUAUAUAAUCAAUAUAGAAUUAUGAUAUACUUGGGUGUCUCAGAUUUGGACAAAAAUAUAUUAAUUACGAAAUUCGAUAUCGUAGUAAAUCCAAUCAUAAAAAAAUUAUGAUUUUCUAAUGAUACCGGUGCAAUUGUAUGUCAAACAUUUUUUUUAAUGAAAAGGACAUCAAAAUUUGGCCAACUAUGAAAUCGUAAUCUGUGAUUUACAGAAAUGAGAUUAUAGUACUAGCGAAUGGAUUUCAAUAUGUUCAUAUCCAUUCCAAAACCGAUUUCUAUUGGGCGACCCUUAUGACGUCACGGAUUGUAUCCAAUAUCGGAAUUACGUGUUUAAUUUGGAAAUCAAUUAAGGAGUGAUGUCUGCUGAACUAAAACGCGCCAUUUUAAUUUCCAACCUUCAAAUUGGUCAAAACACACAAAUAAGUUUUUUUUAAUUUCAUACCAAAAUGUUUAGUCCUUAUCUCUCUUGUGGAAUUUUGAGAGACAAAACAUAAGAGAAUUUUGUUGCGUUUAGUCCAGAACUUGUUUGGAUAGUAUGGUUUAAAUAUAGGUUAUGUAGAUAAAAGUUUAAGUACAAACACCAAUCAGCAGACGGGAGAUGAGGUUCGGUUAAUUACCUUGUUCUAAUUUAAUAAUAGAUAAAUUUCGCGAUAUCUUGGAUAAAAAAUAGUCUACAGCAGUGUUUCCCAAUGUAGGGCCCGUGCCCCACAGGGCGUUAAUUUGAUUAAAAAAAAAACAUUUGGGGAGCUUCUCGAAAAUUUAUUAUGUUUUAAAAUAAAUAUUUGUAGUUUCAUUAUAUCUUUACUAACUGUGUUUCGUUAACAAUUUCCAAGUAAUUUCUUCCUAAAACCUAUAAUUAAAGUUUCUUAAAUAUCUAAAUUUAAUUUCUUGGACAAAAUUUUAGAUAUUAAAUUAUGUAUGUUGUAUGUUAUAAGGCUUUUUAGUCGGGCAUAGCACAAAAUGAGUUGGGAAACACUAGUCUUCAAAUUUAGAUAACCAAUACAAAUAUAAUUAUAAUAGAUUUGUUUUCAAACAAUUUUUUUUCUAUUGACGAGUUCGAACUAACACCUGUCAGCUGUCAAACCGGACUUUGACAGACGAGUUUACAUUAAAACUCUCAAGGGAUCCCGCUUAAACCAGCAUCUACAUUAUGUCGCCUUUAAUAUUUAUUUGAUAGUUCCUAUGACGCAGUCCUUUAAGUAAAAAUGUUUUAAACCUAAAUCAAUUUCUGUUUUAAUUUAAUUCUCUUUCUAUAAAAUUAUUUAAAGAUUUUUUUACAAUACUUUUUAAGGUGUUAAGUUUCUAAUGCUUAAAAGUAUAGAUUUUAAUUAAAAAUAGCACAAAAUAUAUUCCUCCUAAGGGACUGCAUAUUAACUUGUUCAUUAAGUUAUAAUAAUAAUCAUGUAUUAUAAAUGAAAUUAUUUCUGAAAUAUUGUUAGAUAUUCUUGGCAUUGACGUGAAAUAGGAAAUGUUUCUUGUUAUCGUGUCUUUAUUUAAUUAAAUAAAGUUUUUGUUUAAAAUUUUAUUACAAAUCAUAUACUAUUAAAUAAUUUUAUUAUACUAUUCAUUUAAAUAUCCUCAUUUCACUAAUGUAACGUUCCAAUCUAAAGUACAAAUUUAAGGCACUAAUAAAAUAUAGUUUUUCAUAUAUGUGCCAAAAGUAUUUAUUCUGGAUCUUUUCAUUCAUUUGUGGAACUUUACUAGUAAAUAGAUGAAUUAAUGUUUCUGGCUUAUUAAGUAUAAUCAAAAUAGUCCAACAGAUAAUAUGGUUGACAAUAAUGAGUGUCGUAUGUAGUGUUGAAAUAAAGAAUUGAAUUAAA